AUGAACAAAAGUAUUAUGGAAGCCGAGAGCAACGAAGACAAAAUGGCAGAAGUGUACAACGCGAUCACAGGAGACUUUUUGACGGAAAAUCCCGAACUCGGGUUCAACAGUGCUUUAGGGCCCGGAAAAAUAUCGACGUCGCUCUACAAAGGAUUAACGCCGGCCAUGAAACAAGCGAUAUACGAUGAACAAGCCAGUCAAAGAGCAGAACUUAAGGUAUUUCAUCUUCGUACAAUUAAGAAUAAAUUAAAAUUACUAAUGAGUAAUGAUCGAAAUAGUUUAUUAUUAAUUUUAUAA